AUGGUUAGAAAUUAUUCACAACCAACUCAACUUAAACUAUUUUGUGCAACUCACACAAAAAAGGGGAGUCAAGGUGUUUACAUUGAUGGAAAAUCACGACGAGUUGAUGGAGCUUAUUUGAGUGCAAUUGCUGAAAAUGUGAAUGACAAUUGUGAGAGUCAGUCUGCUUUUGAUUUGAAUAAGUGGAUUGAAAUUUCUGGAAGUAGCAAAGGAAGAGUUUAUGGUUUUGGAUCCUCUGAUAUUGCAAAAUCAGGAACUCCAACUACAUCUUUCUCAUGCACAUCAGCUCAUCCUGGAGGACCUUUUCAAACUAUGUUUUCUUUAGAGGAGGUUGAACAAAUAUUAGAGCAAAACCGGAUCAAAAUGAAACAAGACAUAGAGCAAAUGCAAGAGCAAAUGCGAGAUGAAUUUAGAUAUUCCGACGGAUUUAGCGACGAAAAAAUGCGUCGCUAA